GAAGAGACACUCCCAAACUACUGCCCAUUGGCCAAAGGCAUUUCGGAAGGGGAUUUAACUACUUGAGGGAAAGGCUGUUGCUGCAUGAGCCACAGAGGCAUUGGUUAUAAGGGCCCCUUCAAACUCAUGCCCUGAGCUUGUCAACAGGUGUCAGAGAGAGAAGAAAUAGAUUGACAGAUUCUCAGGCUUUCAGAGGAGGGAGUCACAGGGAACUGCAACGCCAUGACCACUAGACUUCACUGGCUCACAAGAGCCCUAUGCCUGAUAAGCAUACUGUGCACUGUCACUUCCAAGUAUGUGACAGAAGAUUAUUCAUCCCCCGCUGAGAAAGAAGUCACCUUCAGCCACGUCUAUAAGAUUGACCUGGCCAAGAGCCCUGAGUGUAAACUCGCCUUGCAGACCCUCCCUUCUCAACAGGACCAGUUUUCAGGCCUGCAAGAGCUGGAAGGGGGCGCUACUCUGGAGGGGGAAAACAACAUCGUUUUCAGGCACCAAAUCAACCUCAAGACCCCAAAGUGUGACUGUGAUGAGUCGGAGAGCUUUACGUCUCUGCUGUACAGAGUCAACGGGCUGGAGGAGGAGGUGGAACAUCUGAAGAGUCAGUGCUCCCAGGGCUGCUGUGGUGGAAAAGGUGAUGGAACAGGAGGUGUGGACACUAGCUGUAGUGGCCACGGGACCUACCAGCACAACACCUGCAGUUGUCAAUGCAACCCUAGCUGGGAGGGUCCUGACUGCUCCAUUUCCACCUGUCCUGAUGAGUGCAACGACAACGGCCGCUGUGUGGAUGGCAAGUGUGUCUGCCACGCUGGCUAUACGGGGAGUGACUGCAGCCAGCUGAUGUGCCCAGGCGACUGCAACGAUAAGGGACACUGCGUGGACGGCAAGUGUGUUUGCUUCAGCCACUUCACUGGCGAGGACUGCAGCGAACAGAAAUGCGAUCCUGACUGCAUCCACGGCACCUGCAUGAACGGAAUGUGUAUCUGUGACGAAGGCUUCUUUGGGGAAGACUGCUCUACAGUGUCGGGCCCUAACGGCCUGCGUCUGGUAAGGGUGACUGAUAAUUCUCUGCUGGUGGAAUGGGAAGCUGUGAAAGCAGCAGAGUACUACAUCCUGACCUGGCACCCUGAGGGCAAUGAGGCAGAGCUGGAGCGGUUCACCGUGCCCAACACAGAGACCUCCUACCUGAUCACAGGACUCAGCCCAGGUGUCACCUACAUAGUGCAGGUGUACGCUGUCAUCAAGGAGAUCCAGAGCGAGGGGGACAGGAUCGAGGCGACCACAGAGGUGUCUGGUAUUGAUGGUAUCCGGGUAUUGGGCCAGACUGAGGACUCUAUCCAGUUGGACUGGCAGAACCCUGCAGCACCUCUGGACCACUUCAGACUGACCUAUGCUAACCCUGACGGGCAGGAGGAGGAGCAGAACGUACCAAUGAGUGCAGAGGCCAGGACCACCCACACCAUCGUAGGACUGCAACCUGGCACUGAGUACCUCAUCACAGUGCAAGGCAUCAAAGGGACCAUCGAAGGGAAAGCCUCCUUCGCCACCGGGGUCACAGAUCUUGACGAUCCUACUAACCUCUUGACCAAAGAAGUGACAGAGGAUACCGCUACCGUGGAAUGGCAGAAGGUACAAGCAGAGAUCGACGGCUACGUGAUCAGCUACAGCUCUGCGGAGGGCUCCAGUGGGGAGAUCUCUGUUGGGGCAGACAGCACCUCACACAGGCUGACUGGGCUGAGGCCUGGAGUCCUCUACACAGUCUACAUCUGGGCUGUCAAGGGCUCCCGGGUCAGCAGGAAGAGCUCCACAGAAGCUGAGACAGAACUAGAUGUUCCUACUAACCUGUUGACCAGAGAAGUGACAGAAGACACAGCGACAGUAACAUGGGAUAAAGUCCAGGCUGAAAUCGAUGGCUACAUGAUCAGCUACAGCUCUGCUGAGGGCUCCAGUGGGGAGAUCUCUGUUGGGGCAGACAGCACCUCACACAGGCUGACUGGGCUGAGGCCUGGAGUCCUCUACACAGUCUACAUCUGGGCUGUCAAGGGCUCCCGGGUCAGCAGGAAGAGCUCCACAGGAGCUGAGACAGAACUAGAUGUUCCUACUAACCUGUUGACCAGAGAAGUGACAGAAGACACAGCGACAGUAACAUGGGAUAAAGUCCAGGCUGAAAUCGAUGGCUACAUGAUCAGCUACAGCUCUGCUGAGGGCUCCAGUGGGGAGAUCUCUGUUGGGGCAGACAGCACCUCAUACAGGCUGACUGGGCUGAGGCCUGGAGUCAUCUACACAGUCUACAUCUGGGCUGUCAAGGGCUCCCGGGUCAGCAGGAAGAGCUCCACAGGAGCUGAGACAGAACUAGAUGUUCCUACUAACCUGUUGACCAGAGAAGUGACAGAAGACACAGCGACAGUAACAUGGGAUAAAGUCCAGGCUGAAAUCGACGGCUACCUGAUCAGCUACAGCUCUGCUGAGGGCUCCAGUGGGGAGAUCCCUGUUGGAGCAGACAGCACCUCCUACAGGCUGACUGGGCUGAGGCCUGGAGUCCUCUACACAGUCUACAUCUGGGCUGUCAAGGGCUCCCGGGUCAGCAGGAAGAGCUUCGUUGACGCUGAGACAGAUUUGGAUGCUCCUACUAACCUCUUUACCAGAGAAGUGACAGAGGACACAGCUGAUGUGUCGUGGGACAGACCUUUAGCGGACAUUGACGGCUACCUGAUCAGCUACAGCUCUGCUGAGGGCUCCAGUGGGGAGAUCCCUGUUGGGGCAGACAGCACCUCCUACAGGCUGACUGGGCUGAGGCCUGGAGUCAUCUACACAGUCUACAUCUGGGCUGUCAAGGGCUCCCGGGUCAGCAGGAAGAGCUCCACAGAAGCUGAGACAGAAAUUGACGCACCAAAAAACCUGAAAGCAUCGGAUGUUAAACUGAAUGUAGCUACCCUGACCUGGACUGCUCCCUUAGCCAGAAUCGAUGGCUACAUCCUCACAUUGAGAGCUGAGGAUGGCAGUUUGAAGGCUGUGGAGAGGAAGCUGAGGGCAGGAGAGAGCAGCUUUGCCAUGUUGGACCUGGAGAAAGGAAAGAACUACAUUGUUACCCUCCUUGCUUACAGAGGACCAAAGAGGAGCAGAGUGAUAGAGAUCACAUUCAAAACAGUGGGUUUGUUGUACCCAUUCCCCAUGGACUGUACUCAGAUUAAGAAGAAUGGUAACGUGGCAAGUGGAAUCUACACCAUUUACGUCAACAGUGAUCGCACCAAGCCCAUGGAGGUGUACUGUGACAUGGACACUGAUGGCGGUGGAUGGGUGGUGUUCCAGAGACGCAACAAUGGACAGAUGGACUUCAUGAAGCGCUGGAGACAGUACAUGGCUGGUUUUGGGAACAUGACUGAUGAAUUUUGGCUUGGUCUGGACAAUAUCUAUGAGCUGACCAAUACUCCCACGCAGUACGAGCUGCGAGUGGACCUUGGUGUGGGUUCAGAGAAGGCCUAUGCUGUCUAUGACAACUUCAAGAUAGCCCCGGCUAAGCAGAAGUUCAAGCUGACCAUCGGUGAAUACAGUGGAACAGCAGGCGAUGCCAUGAGCUACCAUCAAGGUCGCCCCUUCUCCACGGUUGACAAUGACAAUGACAUUGCUCUUGGUAACUGUGCCCUGACACAUCGUGGUGCAUGGUGGUACAAAAACUGUCACCUUGCCAACCUCAACGGCAAAUUCGGAGACAACAGACACAGUAUGGGUGUGAACUGGGAGCCAUGGAAGGGUCACCUGAUGUCUCUUGAUUUCACUGAGAUGAAGAUUCGGCCUGUGGGCACUGCCAGGAAGAGGAGGUCGCUUAGAAGCAGUACAGCUCCCAGAAAAUAGUCCCUCUGAUGAACUAAAGCAGUCAAUGGGAACCUCAUUACAAACCAGGCAAAGUAGCUAGAACCUCAAACCAGGAACAUCAAGAUUAUUGUAACUUACUUUAUGUUAACAUAUCAUAUGGCUGCAGCCAUAAACGUCUUUAUUUUUCAUAGGAUAUUUGUAUUAUAUUGGUUUAUUUCAUAUAUAUUAUGAACAAGUGAACUUUCACUGUAUAGUGUUAUCACAUGGGCAAAGUAAAAGGAUUUCGUAUCUUGGCUCUGUCCUAAAGCGGCAUUCCUCGCAGACGUAGAUUCUUAGCAAAUGACCUCUGUCCUAUUGUACUGUAUAUGAUUACAUUUUAUAGGCUGGCUCCAUGGCAUAAAACAGUCACCAUAUUCAUAACACUGUCUGCUCCUAUUAUGCAUAAUCAGUUAGAUUACCCAAUGAUACCGUGUUUUUGGAAUAGUUAUACUGCUCUUGUUCACAUUCAUAACAUAGCAUAGACCCUGACUCUCUGUUCUAAGUUCUGGUCUCUGGCCUACCCAGCCUACAGAGUUAGCUACAUUUCACAUUUCAGAUGUUAUGCAUAAGAAAUAGAAUGUAUGACAUGCUCCUUUGUAAGAUUGUAUUUUCAAGUGUGUAUUGUAAUUGUGUCGUUCCACGAAGAGUGCCUUUUGCGCCCCUUUGAUAUUUUAAGUAGAAAUUAAAAGCCUGCUAUAUUAAAUGAAGUGCCCUUUAAUAUAGACCACAUGGAGAAUUCAAUCAAUCGGAUUCCUAAAAUGAAUAUAGGCUUGCUAAAAUGCCAAAAUUCAGCAUUUUGACAUGUCCCUCCAUCCACCCUGUAUCACUUCUAGGAAGAUUUUAACUGACUUAAUCACAAAAUGUCUCCAAGUUUUACCAUCAUUGAAAAGCCCUACUUAAAGUGUUGCUAUGACAGUCAUUUCUGAAGACUAUUAUGUAUUUCAUGUGAUUAGUGAUUAAUUUACAUCUGUCCCUCGUUUUAAGGUCAACACUUAUGUGAACUGAACAUGGUGAAACUAUUCCUUUUAAAAUAUUUUUUGCAAAAGAAACAUUGAAUAUCUAAUAGUCAAAUCAUAGAGUAAAAGCUUUCAUUUGCCAUUUUCUGGUGUUUUGUGGUUUCAAGCAUAACAUGUCAACCUUUUUACCCAUAGAUCGACAGGCUAUAAAUGUUUCAACAAGUUCA